AUGGACCAUAGCGAGAUCCUGCCGCCGAGCUACGGAGCCGAAGACGGAAAUGCAUUGCUUCCUCCUCCAUACUACAGCCGAGAAAACGUUGGGAAUCUGAGUGCGGAUGGUGCCUUUUUAUCAUCCAGGGGGAGAUCUGGGACAUUGUCCAAGUGCUUGAAAUGGAUCGCAAAGGAGAUGGCUGAGUCGACAAGCGUACCGUCACAUAGGAGAAAUCCGGACAUGUGUUUUGGUGCUUGCUGUCGCGGUUGA